AAUCUGCUACACCUCAAAGUCCCCAGAGACAGAUGAUGAUGUGACAAUCCUAUGGUUCAGAAAAACUAAAUCAACGUUAACUGUUUUUCAACUCACAUCUUCAGUAGGUACCUACAUAAAAUGUGAAGAACUUGAUGUAAAAAUCAAGAGCUCCUCUCUUGGUGAUGCAGCUAAAAAGGCUGCUCUUGCUAAACUUACUAUCCACAAAAGACAAGACAAGAAAUUUUACAAUAAACUUCAAAGUGUCACCAAGUUAUGUGUGGAAUGUGAAGACACAGUCGCACUUUCAUUUGAUUUUAUGCAAAAUCUCCCCCUUCCCAUGAUCCCAGUUCAGUACAUAUUUUACUUGAGAAAACUCUGGGUGAACUGUUUUGGGAUAAAAACUAUGAAAUCCGAAAUAUUCCUGUACCACAAAGGAGUAGCCCACAAAGGAUCCAAUGAGAUAGGCAGCAUGCUAUUGAAAAACAUUGAAACUAAUAUUCCAUCAAAUGUUAAAAAUCUGUAUUUCUUUUCCGAUGGCACCUGCGGACAGAAUUGGAAUCACACCAUGAUAAGAUUCUGCCUUGCUCUUGCAGACACAGGACAUUUUGAACAAAUUUUUCAUUACUUUCUGGUUCAAGGACAUUCAUAUCUUCCAAACUAUCAAGAUUUUGGUACGAAUAAGAGGAUGAUAUGUAAAAAUGAUCGGAUAUAUACACCUGAUGAAUAUGAAGAGUUGUGUGCUCAGUCCAGUAACAGCUUUCACGUCACCAAGCUACUCAGCACUGACGUAAAAGAUGUUGAUGGUUGGUCGAAGGAAUAUCACACAAAAAACCCAUUAGCCAGAGAAGUGCCAAAUGAAGCAAAUUUCAAGUUUGCUCCCACUCGAUAUUCAGAGUUGUGCUAUAACUCUAAAGAAAAAGGGGUAAUUGCAGCAUACACUUCCAUUGAUGGAUUACAAAAGCACAGCUGUCAGCUGCUGGAACCUGCUUCCUGGAACAUAGAUAUUGAUUUUCCUUCAAGUAUUGCAGCCUACCCAUCGAGGAAAGUUCCAAUCAACAUCAAGAAAAUGUAAGACGAUAAUUCAUAUUCCUGAAAACUUCAAAGUUUUUUAUGAUGUACUAUUUACCUAGCCAACCACUGCACAUGACAAUGAUGCUGUGGUCAAGAAUGAUCUAUUUUAAGAGUGUUUUACUUUGUUAUAUUCCUGUUAUCUGAUAACUUUGCAGUACUGCAGCUUCGGUUUUGAUAUAAUACGAUAAAAUAUUAACUUUAAAUGAAUGAUUACCUUUUUCCAAGUUUUCAGCUGUCUGUAAAAACCAGUUGAGUGCAGAAACAGCAUAAGUCCAGAUCAAAUUUUGUAUUUUUCUGAGCCUAAUUUAUGUCGAAAUUAGGAAAUUUUUGCACGACAGCACAUAAAUGCAUGUUCUGACAGAGGGAAGAAAAGUUAAAAUAUUUCAUAAUUUGGACGAGUUAUGACAUUUUUUCCUCUCUCCUUAAAAAUUUGCAAUUUGUGACAGAAGUGGUUU